AUGAUUCUGAGGCCGUCUUGGAUAAAGCCCGGCGAAUGGCAUCAACUGGUGGGCAAGUCCCGUGUCUCUGUCGUACGCUUUGAUGAGACUGCUCUCUGCCAUCGAGCGGAGUACCCAGUCUCGACCAUGGUGAAAGCAGACCAACAGGAGGGUCUGUCGCAUCAUCUUGUGGCCAAUUACGAUCUGCUUCACGCCUGUAAUCGGCAUUCGCUUGCACAACUGGCACACAUUUGCAGUAUCAAAAAGAAUGAACGUUGA